AUGCCCGAGGUUAAGGCAACUCAUGAACACGCGUAUAUGGAGCGAAAACUCGGCGUGACGUGGAAGGACCUCACUAUCAAGGGCACGGGGUCUGACAGCUCCUUUAAUGAGAACGUUCUCUCACAGUUUCUACCCAAAAAGUUGAAACGAGGCAGUGGAACGACCACACCAUCGGUUAGAACUAUCAUCAACAAAAGUCAUGGUUGCGUCAAACCUGGUGAAAUGCUGCUUGUCCUUGGCCGGCCGGGUGCAGGCUGCACAACGCUAUUGAAGGUCCUAGCAAAUCGACGGAAAGGAUAUACCGGCAUUGAGGGUCAAGUCAAUUACGGCUCCCUAGGCCACGAAGACGCCGCGAAAUACCAAGGUCAAAUCGUCAUGAAUACGGAAGAAGAGACUUUCUUCCCUACCCUGACCGCUGGCGAAACGAUUGAUUUUGCAACUCGAUUGAAGAUUCCAUAUCGAGUCCGCUCUGGCUAUAGCUCUCAGGAGGAAGCUCGGGUAGCUACUAAGGACUUUUUAUUUCAUCUACUCAACGUCUCCCACACCGUCAACACCAAAAUAGGAAACGAGUUUAUCCGGGGUGUGUCAGGUGGUGAACGGAAACGCAUCAGUAUCCUGGAAACCAUGGCCACUCGAGGUAGUGUAUACUUCUGGGACAACUCCACCAGGGGCCUGGAUGCGAAUACAGCUCUCCAGUACGUGACCGCUGUCCGGAAAAUGACCGAUAUUUUCGGCUUAUCCUCGGUUGUCACACUUUACCAAGCUGGCAAUGGCAUCUACGAGUUGUUCGACAAGGUUCUUGUGCUCGACGAGGGAAAAGAGAUCUACUACGGGCCUAUGAAAGAAGCACGGCCUUUUAUGCAUGGCCUCGGUUUCAUCUGUGCAGAGGGGGCUAACGUGGCGGACUUCUUGACAGGCGUCACGGUUCCAACGGAACGUAAGAUCCGCAACGGCUAUGAAUCAACUUUUCCCAGGAACGCCGAUGCCAUCCUAGCGCACUACGAGAAAUCUGACAUCAAAAAGGACAUGGGAACUGAGUACGACUACCCAAACACGCAGUCUGCCAAAGAUAAUACGGAAGAGUUUCAGCGCGCGAUUAUGAAUGAGAAGCACCCAGGUCUCCUGACGGAGCGCUCGCCAGUUACGGUUGGAUUCGCCGAACAGCUUAAGGCAUGUGUCCAACGUCAAUACCAGAUAAUCCGAGGUGAUAUGGCAGUUCUCAUCAUCAAGCAAGCCUCCAAUAUCAUUCAGGCACUGAUGUCCGGCUCCCUUUUCUACAACGCGCCCAACACUUCGACCGGCAUGUUUAUUAAAUCGGGUGCUCUUUUUGUUUCUCUACUCUUUAACUGCCUCUUGGCACAGUCCGAGGUCACGGACUCAUUCUUCGGUCGCCCUGUCCUAGCAAAGCAUCGGGCUUUUGCAUUUUAUCACCCAGUAGCUUCUUGCUUGGCCCAGAUUAUCACCGAUAUCCCUAUUCUACUUUUUCAGAUCACUUCAUUCUCGCUCAUAAUCUAUUUCAUGGUCGGACUAACUUCAACUGCCGGGUCUUUUUUCACGUUCUGGUUCGUUAUUCUAUCCGCCACCAUGUGUAUGACGGCUCUAUUCAGAGCAGUCGGUGCCGGCUUCAAAACUUUUGAUGACGCAAGCAAGAUGUCGGGGGUCUUGGUUAUGUCCUUGCUCAUGUACAGCGGAUACAUGAUUCCAAAACAUCAGAUGCACCCCUGGUUUGUCUGGAUAUUUUGGAUUGAUCCUCUUGCUUAUGCCUUUGAUGCACUCAUCUCUAACGAGCUCCACGACAAAAUCAUCCCUUGCACUGGCCCAAACCUGGUCCCGAACGGGCCAGGAUACGAUUCUGCCGCCAAUCAAGCGUGUACAGGGGUGCGUGGGGCCCUGCCAGGAGCUACGAGUGUGACUGGUCAACAGUACUUAGAAAGCAUGAGCUAUAGUCACUCGCAUAUCUGGAAAAAUGUCGGCAUAGUAUGGGCUUGGUGGGUUCUGUUUUUGGUUUUGACCAUCGUCGCGACUUCCUACUGGAAGGCUAGCUCCUCUCAGACUGGGGUUCUCACGAUCCCAAGAGAGCUCGCCAAGAAAGCUCGUACGGUAACACAGGACGAAGAAGCGCAGAACAGCGAGAAGCUGUCAGACGUAGCGUCGAGUAAAUCGUCCGACAGAGAAGAUGUUAGAAAGCUAGAUGACCAAUUGAUUCAGAACAAGUCCGUGUUCACGUGGAAAAACCUGACCUAUACAGUCCAAACUCCGGAUGGACCUCGUAUCCUACUGAAUAACGUCAACGGAUGGGUCAAGCCAGGAAUGCUAGGCGCAUUGAUGGGUGCCUCGGGGGCAGGUAAGACAACCUUGUUGGAUGUUCUGGCACAGCGCAAAACGGAUGGAAUAAUAAAGGGAUCUAUCCUUGUUGACGGGCGACCUCUCCCCGUCAGCUUUCAGCGGUCUGCGGGCUAUUGUGAACAGUUGGACGUCCACGAGCCUCUGGCAACCGUGAGAGAAGCUCUAGAGUUUUCUGCGCUCUUACGUCAAUCACGAACAAUUCCUAAAGAGGAAAAGUUGGCAUACGUCGAUGUGAUCCUGGAUCUCCUCGAGAUGCACGACAUAGGAGAUUGCCUGGUCGGCGCUUCUGGCGGCGACGGUCUGUCAAUUGAGCAAAGAAAGAGACUAACCAUCGGGGUUGAACUCGUCGCGAAACCAAGCAUCUUGAUCUUUCUUGACGAACCCACAUCCGGUCUGGACGGCCAGGCCGCCUACAAUAUCGUCCGGUUCAUGAAAAAGCUCGCCGCCGCAGGACAGGCAAUCCUAGUGACUAUACAUCAGCCCAGUGCCCAAUUAUUUUUUGAGUUCGACAGUUUGCUGCUACUUGCCCAUGGAGGAAAUACAGUCUACUUCGGAGACAUUGGUGACCACGCCUCCACCGUUAAGGAGUAUUUCAGACGCUAUGGUGCCGACUGCCCACCGGAGAAGAAUCCGGCGGAACACGUAAUUGAUGUUAUUUCCGACCGGAAGAUGGAUUGGCACAAGAUAUGGCUCGAGUCAGCCGAGCAUGAAGCGGUGUUGGACGACCUUGAUCGCAUCAUCGAAGCGGCCGCCACAUCAAACCCGCACACCACCGAUGACGGCUUCGAGUUCGCCAUGCCGCUCUGGGAGCAAUGUAAGGUUGUUAGCCUUCGCUUGUCCAAAGCCAUGUAUCGCAACGUCACUUACGUCAACAACAAAUUCGCGCUCCACAUUAUCACCGGGCUUUUUACCGGCUUUUCAUUCUGGAAGGUUGGCGAGAGCGUAAGUGACUUACAACUACGUCUUUUCGCGGUGUUUAACUUCAUAUUUGUAGCGCCAGGUGUGAUAGCUCAAUUACAACCCCUGUUCUUAGAGAAACGCGACAUCUAUGACGCUCGGGAGAAGAAAUCCAAGGUGUACAGCUGGCAGGCCUUCGUCACGGGCCUUAUUGUCUCCGAGCUACCUUACCUCGUCAUCUGUGCGGUCCUGUUCUACGUUUGCUUCUACUACACCGUCGGCUUGCCAAGUGACUCCAGCAAGGCAGGGGCAGUGUUCUUCGUUAUGCUUAUGUACGAAUUCGUCUACACCGGCAUCGGUCAAUUCAUUGCUGCAUAUGCCCCAAAUGCGGUCGCCGCUGCACUGGUCAACCCGCUGGUCAUUUUUACUUUGGUGGGUUUCUGUGGAGUGAUUGUCCCCUAUUCACAGAUCACUGCGUUCUGGCGGUAUUGGCUGUACUACAUCAAUCCUUUCAACUACCUUAUGGGAUCCCUACUCGUUUUCACUACCUUCGAUUUAAAGGUUGAGUGCAAGGAGGACGAGCAGGCUAUCUUCGAUCCCCUAGCCAACCAGACAUGCGCAGAAUACUUGGGGGAUUACUUGCAAGAUAUGGGUUCCGGCACUAACCUCCUCAACCCUGAUUCAACAUCCGAUUGCCAGGUCUGCCAAUAUCGUUACGGGAGUGACUAUCUCCGGACAGUGAAUGUAAAGGAUUACUACUAUGGGUGGAGAGACGCGGCGAUCGUCGUCAUCUUUGCAUUUUCCAGUUACGCCUUGGUUUAUCUCUUGAUGAAAUUGCGCACAAAGAAGUCCAAGCAUGCCGAAUAGAACUUGGCAACCAACAAAUUCCCAAAUGUCGCCGGCACAUGCGUUGGAGUGACGCUUAUUCUUGAUUGCCAAUGCUGUUACGACUCAGAUUGUGGUAGAGGGUCGGAACAGUUGAAAAACGUCGUCCCUUAUGAUCGGCAAUCAGGGAAGAAUAAGCGGCGGCGAGCAAGG